UUGUCCUGGGGCCGAGGCGGCGACUGGGCCAGGGGAUGCGCGCCCAGGCCUCCAGCUCCCGCUGUCCUGCUCGCCAUGGGCCAUCCCCCACCCCGCCUGCCCCUGUGUGCCUCUGUGUCUUUGCUGGGUGGCUUGACCUUUGGUUAUGAACUGGCAGUCAUUUCAGGUGCCCUGCUGCCAUUGCAACUUGACUUUGAGCUAAGCUGCUUGGAGCAAGAGUUCCUGGUGGGCAGCUUGCUCCUGGGGGCGCUCCUCGCCUCCCUGGCAGGGGGCUUCCUCAUUGACCGCUACGGCAGGAAACAAGCCAUCCUCGGGAGCAACUUGGUGCUGUUGGCAGGCAGCCUGAGCCUGGGCCUGGCUGGUUCCCUGGCCUGGCUGGUCCUGGGCCGCUCAGCGGCUGGCUUCGCCAUCUCCCUCUCAUCCAUGGCCUGCUGUAUCUACGUGUCAGAGCUGGUGGGGCCACGGCAGCGGGGAGUGCUGGUGUCUCUCUAUGAGGCAGGCAUCACCGUGGGCAUCCUGCUCUCCUAUGCACUGAACUACGCGCUGGCCAGUGCCCCCCGGGGGUGGAGGCAUAUGUUUGGCUGGGCCGCUGCACCUGCUGUCCUCCAGUCCCUCAGCCUCCUCUUCCUUCCUGCUGGUGCCGAUGAGACGGCAGCCCCCAAGGACCUCAUCCCCCUCCAGGGAGGUGAGGCCACCAAGUUGGGCCUGGGAAGGCCAAGGUACUCCUUUCUGGACCUCUUCAGGGCACGGGAUAACAUGCGAGGCCGGACCACUGUGGGGCUGGGGCUGGUGCUUUUCCAGCAGCUAACAGGGCAGCCCAAUGUGCUGUGCUAUGCGUCCACCAUCUUCCACUCGGUCGGCUUCCAGGGGGGAGCCUCAGCGAUGCUGGCCUCUGUGGGGCUUGGCGCAGUGAAGGUGGUGGCUACACUGAUUGCCAUGGGGCUGGUGGACCGAGCCGGCCGCAGAGCCCUGUUACUAGCUGGCUGUGCCCUCAUGGCCCUGUCGGUCAGCGGCAUAGGCCUCGUCAGCUUUGCUGUGCCCAUGGACUCAGGCCCAAGUUGCCUGGCCACGCCCAAUGCCACCAAGCUGUCAGGCCUCCCUGGAGACUCUGGCCUGCCCAUCAGCGUAUCUCCACCUCCUCUGCCAACAACCAGCAAGAGCCAAGGGGAGCCAGUCUUGUCAACCUCUAAGAAAACAAAGCCUAGUCCUGGAGCUGGGGAGCCCACAGCCCCUCCCCUGCCAGCCCUAGGCACAGCCUCCUCUGCACCCCCUUCUCCUGCCCCAGAGCGUGCCCUGCUGCACUGGACAGCACUGGUCUGUAUGAUGCUCUUUGUGAGUGCCUUCUCCUUUGGAUUUGGACCAGUGACCUGGCUUGUCCUCAGCGAGAUCUACCCCGUGGAGAUCCGAGGGAGGGCCUUUGCCUUCUGCAACAGCUUCAACUGGGCCGCCAACCUCUUCAUCAGCCUCUCCUUCCUUGACCUCAUCGGCACCAUCGGCUUGUCCUGGACCUUCCUGCUAUACGGGCUGACUGCUGUCCUCGGCCUGGGCUUCAUCUAUUUAUUUGUCCCUGAAACCAAGGGCCAGUCGUUGGCAGAAAUAGACCAGCAAUUCCAGAGGAGACGGUUCGCCCUGGGCUUUGGCCAUAGGCAGAGCACUUCUGGCGUCCAGUACAGCCGCAUCAAGGUCUCUGCAGCCUCCUGAGGAGUCCAUCUGCCUGGAAGAUUCUGGAACCAUGGCUUUAGCAGAUAGCCUCUAGCAUCCUGCUUGCCUGGGCCCUGAAGCACAAGUUCCAGGUGGUCCUUUGAGACUCGCCUCUACCCCAGAAGAGGUCUUUUGUGCUGAGGUGAAAGGGAUGAAAGUCCGAGAACCCAAAAGUUUUCAUUUUGAGUCUCAGGCUUGGAGGGUUCCUGAGGGUCUGCCUUCUUGCCUCAGUUUCCCCAUUGACUCAUACAUCUCUGCAGUUCUUAUGCGAACCUCAUAUGGAGUUUCCACUGCUCCCUGGACUUUCUCAAAGAAACUGUGGGGUCCCAGUCCUGGCAGGAAGUCUCUCCUGCUGUCACCCAUAAAUCCAGCUGAAGACACCAUCUUCUCUGCUCUCUUUUCCCAUCUGGCUGGGACUGUUCGACAAAUGGGAAGCCAGCUUUUUGGCUCUUAGGUCUCAUUCUCUUCCCCAGAAUAUUUACCAUUCACCAGCGACUCAGCCUGCUUUACGGGAGGCUUGAGUUCUAGUCCUGAUUCUGCUGGGGUCAUUGCUGGGUUACCGCGGGCCUCCGUUUUCCCCAUAUGUGCAAUGGGGGACCUGGGCCAGGCUGUUUCUAAGAUCUCUUCUGAUGCCAAUGAGCUGGAAUUCUCAAUGCUGGUAUCUAACAGGUGUUCACCAUGGGCCCUGCUCUCAUGUCAUUAGUCAUCUCUUAGAGAGAUGUAAGUUUUAUUAGGGGAGAGGUGACUCGAAGUCCAGAACUGUGUGCACUACAACCCAAGAGCCGUCCGGUGCAUGUAACGAGCUCCAGGCGCUGGGUUUGGAGGCCGACAGACCUGGCUGUUGGUGCUGCCUUUGCCUCUUGGCAGGAGUUGACCUUGGGUAAGUAACACCUCCCUCAGCCUCAGUUUCCGCAUCUGCAGAAUGGGGGUGAUUAUGCCCCCAGGGGUGUAUUUAACCCUGUCUCCUUUUAGGAGGGUCUGCAGCUGGUCCCGCUCAGCUAGUCGGGGCAUCGGGAGGUUCUGUUCACCCUCAGUACCCAGUCCCCUACCUUUGGGACAUUGUAAAGGGUCAUCCCCCAACAGCUGAGACAGAGGGACGCUAAGCAGGUAGCUCAGGCCAGAGGUCACUAAAGGAAGGGACUACAAGAAGGAGUUCCUGGAUGCUGAGAAUGAAGGGCUAGAAUGGGUCCAGGGUGCUGGCAGCAGACAAGGCUGUGUCACCCGUGCCUGUGCACCUGAGUUGACACAGCCCCCCAGAACUCCGGUCCCUCAACUUCUCCUCUCCUUGCAUUUGGAGAUACAGACGCUCCUGGACUUAUGAUGGAGUUAUGUCCCAAUAAACCCAUCGUAAAGUAAAAAAUGAAUAUAAUACAUCUCACCAAGCGAACAUCACAACUUAGCCUAGCCUCCCUGAAACAUGCUCAGAACACUUCCAGUAUUUAGCCUACAGUUGGACACAAUUGUCCAAAAAUGCGAAUACACUGGACAAUAUCAUUUCUACCCUCACGAUCGAGUGGCUGACUGGGAGCUGGGGCUAAGCAUCACGAGAGUAUCAUACUGUAUAUCACUAGCCCAGGAAAAGAUCAGAAUUCAAAGUACGUUUCUACUGACCGAAUGCAUAUUGCUUUCACACCAUCCUAAAGUCAAAACAUCAUAAGUUGAACCACUGAAAGUAGGGGAAUGUCCCUUAUAUCCAGGGGUAUGCUGGAGCUGACUUGUCCUGGCUUGUGAGAGCUUAUUGUUAAAUAUUCAGGAUUUUUGCAAGCUGGCUGUUAAACACAGACUCCAAAAGAAAUUACGUUACUUAAACUUAUAAUUAAAUAAAUUAUAUUGAAAACAAAGGUAGCAAAUACUAAAAACUCAUCACUUCCUUAUUUGACCAUAUUUUACAAUUGUCUGUGCUCUUGAGGUGAUUUACAUCUGUUGUAUCUUUGGCGGGACAUAGGGAAGAGGUGAAUGUUUCUUCCCCAUUGCACGUUCAGGAUGUCAUCAUGUUAGUCGCUCGACACUGGCCUUGGGGAGUGUGUUUGCACCACAGAGAUUGGGGGACAUUACACAUCAGGGCUUGAUUUAUUGUUUUGUUGAUUUUCCAGUCUAAAGAAUGAGAUGGAUAAAAUGUUAAUAAUGCAAAUUAAACUUAAAAGUAUGUCUGUCAUGUCUACAGCUGAUACAUUGUAAGUGGUGCAAAAAAAUGGAGGGACGGUUGUUCCAGGAUUUGAACACUGUUAUCAAGUUCAGCAAGCAAGCUGCUUAUGUCAUUGAUGAAGGGGGUCUGAUAUCCAUAUUCACUGUUUUACUUUCUUUUGACUCAUUAACGUAAACAGAAAUUUCAGCCAGCACUCACAUCGUCAGAACUACCCUUGUGAGCGACUUCUUGCUGAGUCGUAUUGUUAUCGAAUAUUUAUUCAUAGUCUUAUUUUGUCCUGUCAUGGCUCAAUUGCGAUAAUUGUUGGUUUUGUGUACAAGACUUAGGCAAAAAAAUAAAAAAAAAACAUUCUGUAAGAAUGAAUUGGCUGAUGGAAUUUAUAACAAAGUGUGUCUUCAAUAAAGUGUUCAUUAUUAUUUGUAAA